AUGGACCUGGUUUAUCAAUACGCUGGAUUCACAUCUCUGCCACUCUGUAUUACCCUCAAUAUACCGCUCAUUCUGUAUCUCCUUUACCAUUUCGUUCUAUUUCCCCUCUUUCGUUCCGAUCUUCGCUCCAUCCCAGGCCCAGUCCUUGCCAAAUUCACUGACCUCUACCGUCUUUUACUCGUUUGUACUGGAUCUGCUCACGAGCAUCACCUCCGCCUUCACAAGAUUUAUGGACCUUUCGUUCGACUGGGGCCAAAUAAUGUCUCCGUUGGGUCUCCCACCGCCAUCCCCAUCCUCUAUAAUACACGUACUCGAUACCCCAAGUCAGCGUUUUACCCGGUUAUGGGAAAUGUCGCUCAUGGAAAGGUUGUUCCUACAAUCUUCUCCACGCAGGACGAAUCGAUUCACGAGACGAUGAAGCGGCCCGUUGCCCAGGUGUACGCCAUGACAAAUCUCAAGACCUACGAGCCGCUGGUAGACAGUACCGAAUCGCUCUUCUUGAGCAAGUUGGAGAGGUUCGCAGAGGAAGAGAGAACCCUAGAUCUGGGCACGUGGCUGCAUUGGUUUGCGACGCACGUCAUUAUGGAGAUUACAUUUGGAAAGAGGCUUGGGUUUUUGGAAAGGGAGGAGAAUGUAGAUGGUAUCCUGGAGACAAUAGAGAAGCGGUUUUGGUAUGUGGCUGUUGCCGGUCAAAUACCCUGGCUCGAUAAACUAUUGCACAAGAAUCCCGCAGUCGGCCUUUUCGCACGCUUCGUAUCGAAGCCGAGAGUGUCUCCAGUUCUGGAAUUCGCUCUCGAAAGAAUAGCAGAGCGGAAAAGGCAGCGUCUUGAUCACCCGGAAAGAAAGGGGCAAGAGCCAGACUUCCUGGGUCGGUUUUUGGAUAUUCAGAAUAACCAUUCGGAUAUCCCGGAUUCUUGGAUAAUAUCCUGGUGCCAACAAAACGUUCAGGCAGGCUCGGACUCCACUGCAAUUACACUGACUUCAGUCAUGUAUCAUCUGAUGAAGAAUCCGGAGUCUAUGAAAGCCUUGGUUGUCGAGUUAGAUAUUGCGAAUUUUCCGUCACCAAUUCCCUGGGGUAUUGCCCAUAAACUCCCCUACCUCGACGCUUGCAUCAAGGAAGCCUUGAGGAUGACCCCUGCCAUAGGUAUACCAUUGGAGCGCAUUGUUCCAGCGGAAGGAAUAGAGCUAUGUGGCAAGUAUUUCGGAGGCGGAACAGUGCUCGGAGUCAAUGCUUGGUUUGUGCACAGAGAUCAGGGAGUGUAUGGGGCAGACGCUGCUCUGUGGAGGCCGGGACGGUGGAUUGAAGCCAGUCAAGAUAAGAGGAAAGAGAUGGAACGGACGUUAUUUGCAUUUGGAGGUGGAUCAAGAGUUUGCCUGGGCAAAAACAUCUCGUACCUGGAGAUGUAUAAGGCCAUUCCUGAUAUGCUACGCAGAUUCAAGUUUCAGCUCACAGACCGACGAAAGGAAUGGUCAUUGAAAAAUGGAUUGUUCACCUACACGAGGGAUUUUGAAGUUUCUAUUCAAAGAAGGGAGAGCUCCGGAAAACAUUAA